CUUCCGCCAUAUCGAAGCAACGGUGACUUCCAAAUCGAAAUCACUCAACCUCAACACUUCUCUGCUAUCGUUACCACACUACCAAGCCAUCAUGGCUUCCUCCUCGAAGUCCCCGAGCUCCUUGCUCUACUCGUGCAUCGCCCACCGAACUACUAUCCUGGCCGAACACUCUUCCCCGGGGACCUCCUCUACCGCCGCUUCCUCCCUCGCCUCCAUCAUCCUCCCCAAGAUCUCCCACGACAAGUCUCAGAAGUUAACCUACACCCAUGAACGGCUCUUCGUCCAUUACAUCGCCGACUCACCCUCCGGCGGCGCAGUUGAUGACCAAAGUGGCCGUGCGGAGCCCAGCUCCUACGCACCCCUAAGCUUCAUCGUCGUGGCAUCCGCCGAGCAAGGCCGCCGCAUCCCCUUCGCAUACCUCCUAGAGAUGAAGCGCAAGUUCCUAACGACCUACCCACCCUCGAGCACGGAUUACUCCUCACUCCCGGCCUACGGCUGCGCAGCGUUCAAUACCGAGAUUCGCUCCCUGCUGCAUACAUACAAUACCACUCCGCCAGCGGACUCACUCGCCUCGGCGCGUCGUGAGAUCGACAGUGUCCGUGACAUUAUGACUGAGAAUAUUGAGCGGGUCCUCGAGCGCGGAGAACGGAUUGAUUUAUUGGUUGAUAAGACGGAUCGACUUGGUGGGAAUGCGCAUGAUUUCCGUAUUCGCAGCCGUGGUUUGCGACGACAGAUGUGGUGGAAGAAUGCCAAGUUGAUGGUCCUGCUGGGAUUCGUGAUUAUUUUCCUGCUUUACCUUUUUGUCGGAAUGGGCUGUGGGCUUCCAGCCUGGGGGAAAUGCGUUGGUCACUCCCGGUGAGAAAGAACACUGAUGAUUCCAGUUUGAUUCGACAAGCUACCAUGAGCUCUUUCUUUAUCCCUUUAUUGUCUUCCUCUUUUCGAUGGAUUCUUUAGCUCUGAUGAGUUACGAUACACGGUUGAUGCCAUGCGCUCGCUUUUUUUGACGUUUCUGCAUUUUGAAGCUCCAUUUAUGUGUACAUUAAGUCCAUUCAGCAUCCAUUCUCUUCAAAAUAUAUGCGGGUUUUUCGUAUUCACAGA